AUGACUGAGCACCGGCAGCUGUUCUCUGAGCGGGCGGGGUCGCUACCAGCACCCACAACAUCACACAAGAGGCACGCUUCGUCCAUCAAGUCCGCGUCAGAUUUCCCUUCCGUUAGCGUUCGCGUUACCUCGGCGUCAUCUGCGGCCACGUCGCCCCGAUACAUUGACGACAGAGCCUGGUUCUUUCACACCGCGCUCCUGCCACCCAUACGAAAGUCAGCCUUUGGUCGCGACGGCAGCGGACAGCAGCACCCCUCCAGUGCGACACAAGGAAAACCUGCGCGACUAAUCGUAUGCGAUGAUGUGCCACCUGUGGAGCCCCCAAAAUUGGAGCCGCAGGCUGGCAGCAGUGUUGAGGCCGAGCCCCCGCCGGCACUCUGCAUGGAGCCAAAUCGACUUUUUUUCAGCGAUGCCCCGUCUCCCUCCGGUGUCGGUGAGUCACUGGCGGACCGCUACAGCCUACGCACCCUCUAUACGUCCCGCUGUUCCAGCCUUGGUAUGCGGUGUCCACUCGACUGUCUUCUGCGCCAGCUUCCCAGUGAGGCUGGCCAAGGUGCAGCAGAUGAGCUACGCAUGCUCGUCCUGCGAGACACGUACGUCCCGGCCAAGGCGUGCCAGGCGCUCACGGUGUUGUUGCCCUACUGCACCGGGCUCGAGUAUAUCGACCUCUCCAACGCAGGGCUGAGGAGCAAGUCUGGCUUCAUGACGGGUGUGAAUGCGCUACUGGACGCGCUCAUCUUUGGCGUGGAAGACCACGGCGUUGGUGCGGCCCUACACACAAUAGAUGUGUCGUUCAACAAGCUCAGCGACCGCACCGGCUGGCGUCUCGUGCGCCUCGUCCAGCGACAGCCUCACCUGCGUGUGGUGAACACUGACGGCACUGAAAUAAGUGACAGGGUGAAGACGCGCAUCGACGAAGAGCUGCACAGGAGCUUGAAGGCAUGCGUACCGCCGAUGCUGCUCGGUGAGGCAGAUGAGUAG